CAUCGUGAGUAAUUUGAGCACCGGUGAGUAAAACGUGAGUAAUGAGUAAUUGGUGAGUAAUCCGACGAUCCGUGAGUAAUCGUGAGUAAUGCAAAAUCCAUGGGUAAUUCUCAGUAAUUCUCCAUUUUUGGCGCGAUUUGUGUGAGUAAUCGGUGAGUAAAAUUUGGAACGGUGAGUAAUCGGUGAGUGAAAACAAUGUCAAUGUGAGUAAAAUCGGGAAAUGGUGAGUAAAAAGUGAGUAAAAUUGAGAACGGUUAGUAAAAUCGCGAUCAGUGAGUAGCAAGUGAGUAAAUUUUAGAUUGGUGAGUAGCGUGUGAGUAAAAAAUUCGCGAAAUGUGAGUCCGAGUAUCGGCAGCCCUGCUUUCUUGGUUGGGCCAAUACUUAUCACUCAUGGCCGUGUAAAUCUCAUUAGCAAAUAUCACAGCCUCACAAUUUUUAGUUGUUUAAUAGUUUUUAGUGUCUCUCGUGUUUGCUGCUGUCCUAAGAAGAGAUCCUCGCAAAAUCAGCUACCUAACCAAGUGUAGAAUGUCCUGAGCUAAAAUGCCAUUUGGUGCCAGAACCACAUGUCACUUCAACUCUCACUGUACAUGUUCUACCUUAUUCGUCUAGAAGCUUUAAGUAAUCCAUCAACUUUUCUUCACUUUCAGUACAGCUAGGAAAUCUCAACACACGUGUACGGUACCCAAAUGUCUUUUCCGCAGGCUCAUCUCCACACAGACGAAUGUAAUGAAUUUGCAAAAACAUAUUUCACUUGUAUCGAGGAAAGUGGCUUCAUCAAGUGGCUUGGACAUUGUGAAGACUCCUACCGUAUGAUGAAGAAUUGUUUCAAAAAAGAGCGACUUUUAAAAGCAGAAGCCAACCACAUUAAGGCAAGGCAAAGAAACGAAGAAACAAGACGUCGCAUAUCAGAAUAUUACGCCAAAGAAAAGUCCAAAGCAGCUUAGAAAAGUUAACAUUCGCAAUGAUGGAAUUAGCAUCUGUAGAAAAAUGCACUCCUGACCUCGAAGGAUCUAUGAAGAUGGCCAGUAGUCAUGAUGAAACUUUUGACUUUCAUUACCCGCCCAUCGAAGAUUCCUUUGAGGGGCCAGUUGUAAAACAAUCCAUUGCAGAACAGUACUUUGAGCCCCGUUAUUGCAAAAUGGACGAUGAUAAUUAUUGUAUUUUGUUUCACUCAAACCGCAUCUGCGUUGUGACACUUUCCAAAAACCACUCAAUCGUUCAAGAGGGCAAGGAAGUAACAAAAAUUGAUUUCAAACAGAGUACAACUCAGAAACUACCAUUGCAGGAAAAAUGCAUCGUUUGUAUGAUUCACUGUGCAGAUCAGACUAUGUACAAAGUCCGUGCUUUGGUGCAAGGAAAAUUGAUAGAGGUCAAUGAGAAUUUGACAGCAAAUCCAGAUCUUCUGGUGAAAGAACCGACAGAAAAUGGUUACCUGUUCAUUAUUCUCCCCACCAUAGCCAAUUAUGAAAAAUUCAAAAAGAAAUAUGCCUGUAAAGAAGGAUGACAGCAAAAAUGUAAAAGAAACUUCAGCACAAAAAUAAUUUUGUUAAAAUCACAUGCUAAUUUUCUUGUUUGCCAGUGUACAUUUACUUUAAGUUCGUUUUUGACUUAUUGUUUUGUUCAGUCAAGUAAUCUGACCAGUUUGUUACAAAAUGUUAAUAGUACAUUCUUAGAAUUAAUACAUAUUUUUGAUAAGUA